AUGGCAGCUGCAGCCCGUGGAGAUAGGUUGUAUAAUUUUUUAUUUGAUCCGUUGUACAAAAAAUUGAACUUGCUUUCAUUUGGGGAAGAAGCUGAAGAAGAGGAGAAGGAACUUGCAGCUGCCAAUCCUAGAAUAAAAAGUAGCCAUGAUGUUUUGAAUGAUCCCAGGCUUCUGAAGGAUGGUCUUGAAAAACAUUUGAACUCAGCUGAAGAGCAGAAAUCAAGGGAGUCACAGUUAAUUGUGAGGGAAGCUCUCUCAAAGAAAGAGCCUAAAGAAGAAUUAGGUGCUGGAACUUCCGACUCUCCUGAUCAUAGUGAUGAAGAUGAGUCCAGCUUUGAUACACGAAUGCGUCAGCAAAUACUAAGAAGAAGGCAGGAGCUAGGAGACAAGCCAACUAAAAAAGACUUGCGCAAUGAGCGUAAGGCUUCUCAGAAGCAUGCAGCAUCUCCUCCUAGGUCCAGUGUUGGUGAGUGUGAUGAAAAACCAAAAGCAGAUAAGUUGUCAAUGAAGAAAAAAGGAUUAGGCUCUGAAGCUAGGGCUGAGCGCUUGGCUAAUGCAGAUGCAGAUUUACAGUUGCUUGGAGAAGCAGAACGAUCAAGACAGCUGCACAAGCAGAAGAAGCGCAUGCGUCAAGGACAUGAAGAUGAAGUAUGCUCUAAUUUCCUUUUCCUUCCUUUUUUUAUUUUUUGUUAUUAGAAUCUGCUACAUAAGGACAAUAUGUAUCUGUACUGUUUGUGGAUGUAUGUUUGAUUGAGUGGCAAGGAUUUCGCUGCAUAUGGUUUCGAAUUCUGAAUUUCUCAAGUUGUUAUCUGACAGCCUGUUACUUGCUACUCAAUAUGUUUAGAAUUGAGGUUUAUACUAAGUGGAGCUGUGCCUGUUACUUUCUACUCAAUAUGUUUAAAGUCCAGCUGCUUGCUUCGUCUAUGUGGAAAGCCUACACUUUUUGUAUUUUGUUUUCUUGGGGUGUAAUUUUCAUUUCACUGGAUGGUAUAGGUGCUAAACCGGAUUGCUGGACUGGACAGGAAAUCAUGAUUUCCUAAUAGUUUUGAAUAAGUGAAUUUGGGCAUUCUUGAGGUGAACUCGCUCGUGUUGGUGCAGGGUAAUCUUCUUCUCAUUUUAACAAUAUAGAUAGAACAUUGAGAUCUUGAAGAUUACUUAUGUAACUCACAUGUUGCCGGAUUUUUUUAAUUCUCCAGUUCAUUAUUGUGAUUGAGUUUAUCAUCUUGGCAGAUCAAGUAGGUGGGAGUCGAUGAGCUAUGAGGACUACUACAAACGAGAAGGCUGAAGCAGAGAACGUCGUUUCAAAUGUCUAGCAAGUUGCGCGCAUUUGUAAUAUUUUUUAAUUAAACAUCUAGCUAAAUAGAAUAUAUGUGAAGUUUUCAUUAUAUUUGGAUGAUAAUGUAUGAAUAUUUUGGAUGAUAUAUAAUAUUGUUAUUGUUGAUUUUAUCA